AUGUCCUUUUUCGACACUCUGCGCCAAAAAGCGGCAUCCGUUAAGUUUUUGGAAAGGCUAACUGAUUCUUCCGAACCUUUGAGCAGAGACCAAAAGUUUCGACUCCUUCACAAGCUUCCUCAGGAAGAAUAUAUUGUUGACGAUACAAAUGCCGACAUUUCCGUCAUACAGCCCGGCAGACGUGUUAGAAACACGAACGGCUCUAGUGAAGGCCCAAACGCAAACAAUGCAACGUACGUUUAUUCGGGACGUCUGUAUUUAACGCCACACUAUCUUGUUUUCAAAGAUUCUUUCGAUACUACAUCGUGCUCGUUCACUAUUAGUCUGAGCACUGUAAGAAAAGUGGAACGGGCUGCUUCUUCUUCAUACGCAACGUCGUUGUCUCUAACACUUCAUUGCCAGACAAGGAUUGCAAUUCAAUUCAUCGGACUGAGAAAUCGAACCGAACUGUUUUGCCAACAGCUAAAAAAAGCUCUGCUCGAGAAUGUUCCCAAUACCAAAAGGUUAUUACCAUUUCUCGACACUUGUUACUCAGAAUACCUUAUUUCAAAAAAUGUCUUGAACAAAUCGGACGCUCGUCCACCGCCUUCCGGGCUAGGUCAAAAGUAUAAAUAUCCGGGAGAGCUCUCAAAAGAGAAGCCGAAGCUCAAACUAUGGUUCGACUAUUUCCAAGACCAAGGUAGAAACCUGACGCUAGUGAAAAAGAGCCUUUUUUAUAAGCUCAUAAGGGUCGGAAUCCCUAAUCGUCUGAGGGGUGAAAUUUGGGAAGUGUGUUCGGGCUCAAUGUACUCCAGGUUUGCCAAUCCCGAAGAGUAUCGCACUUUGCUAGAAUCUAAUGCGGGCAAAGAGUCUCGUGCUAUCGAAGAGAUUGAAAAAGAUUUGAACAGAUCAUUGCCUGAGUAUGCAGCGUACCAAGAUGAAACUGGCAUUAGUCGGCUUCGUAACGUUUUAACCGCCUACUCUUGGAAGAACCCUGACGUUGGUUACUGCCAGGCCAUGAAUAUUUUAGUCGCAGGAUUAUUGAUUUUCAUGACCGAAGAACAAGCAUUUUGGUGCUUAGUGAGCAUUUGCGAUAACUACGUUCCGGGCUACUAUUCCAGGACCAUGUACGGUACACUGCUGGACCAAAAGGUCUUUGAAUCAUUCGUCGAGCAAAAAAUGCCUGUCAUGUGGGACCACAUAGUGGAACACGACAUUCAACUAUCGGUGGUAUCCCUUCCCUGGUUUUUGUCUUUGUUUUUCACCGCUAUGCCUUUACCCUUCGCUUUCAGAAUAAUGGACCUUUUUCUGUUAAAUGGUCCCAAUGCGUUAUUCCAGGUUGCCCUCGGGGUUCUUAAAGUUAAUGGGGAAGAACUUCUUGAAGUCGACGACGACGGAAUGUUUAUCGCAAUCUUGAAGAGCUACUUUCAUACGCUCGAACAAAGCGCACAUCCAGAUUCUACCGAUCCAAGGAUUAAACAAAUUACCAAAUUUCAAGAGUUAUUGGUUGUGUCUUUCAAAGAGUUUAGUAGUAUAUCGGUUCAGAUGGUUGAACAACAAAGAGCUCGCUUCAGCAAAGACAUUCAACACAACAUAGAAUCUUUUGCCAAAAGGACGCAACUGCGUAAUCUACCACAAGUCCGCAACCUCACACAAGAUCAACUAUCGAACAUCUACGAUUUAUUCUAUCAUUGUAUCGAAAGUCACAAAAUAAGCAUGGGAACAGGAUCAUCAUGUUUAGACUUUGAGGCUUUCAUUCAAUUUCUAAGCUCAUUUUGUGACUGGUGUAAACCUGGUACCAGUGAUCACAUACCGCGAUUCCGCAAGCAGAAAAGAGAUUUUCUCAAGAGAGUUUUCUUGCAGUGGGACCGUGCAUCUGCUGGAGAGCUGACUCUCAGUGACGUGGCCAUUGGUCUGGAUCGCCUACUGUCUCCUGACAUCAUGUCCACUAUGAACAGCUUUUUUGCUUUCUUUACCGAGCCGGGUGUUGACGAGACCAGUGGUGAAGGCAUUUUACAGAUUUCUGAAGCGUUAUUGUUUUUGACCGACGCGUGGAAGAGCGGGCGCAUCGUGGACCAACUCACAAAACAGUCGAUAAUAGACGAUAUUGCAGAUACAAUAAUUGAAGAAAACUCGAGCCAAGGCAUUGCAAUAAGUGAUCUCGAGCUCCCCACCGGUGUUACCAUUGAUGAAGAAAAGUACAAACAAGAGCAGGCCGAGCGUUAUCUACGAGCAGCGAGUAGUUUCCUCCAACGCUCUUUCGAGUAUGCACGGGCAUCGGAAUCUAAGGAAGAAAUUGACUUGCUUGACCUUUCAGAUGACGAAGGCCAUACCAGCGAGCAUAAAAAGAAGAAAUGGGAAUCUCUAAAGGCAAAUGCGGCUUUGAACCCUGAAAAGCGGUCGGUUAUGAACGUGGCAACUUUUCGCAUGAUAAUAUUGGCCGACGAAACGUAUGAGACGUUUUUCGCUCAAACGCUGAGAAAUUCUAUUCACGUUGACGAGAAAGUUGCAAACCUAGAUGGACGCGAAAACGGCCUCAGAAACAUGUUUGACGGACUUUUGGCAGACGGCAAACGUGUAGCAUCUCAGGUUCGCCGUAGAGUUGAUUCUGUCGCAACAAGAACCAGUGCAUCGUCGGGCUCUGCGCUAGAAACAUCGGAAAACCAGGACGAAAUCGAUGAUUUUAGCACUGGCCACACUUAUGAGCAUGACGAUUUACUCAAGAACGACUUAAUCUCAAUGGAUGACGAUGAUAAAGAACAAGACCAGUCCGAACCGCAGCGUAAGAAGCUUGAGAACUUUUCAUUUACCGAGCAUUUGGACGCCAGAGAUGACAGUUUUGUGGAGUUUGAAGCCUAA